GGACUGCCAUGGGGGUGACAGUGUGUGGGUGGCCGGGGCCACUGUGGGGGUGACAGUGCAUGGGGUGAUGGGGACCGCUGGCGGGGGUGACAGUGCGGGUGGAGGGGGAGAGCCCGACCGGGGGCGGAGCGCCCGGCCCCGGCCCUGCCCCGGCGGCGGCAGCGGCGGAGCGGGGCGGAGCGGAGCGAGCCCGGGGAGGGCGGACGCCGGUUCCCGGCAGCCGCGGGCAGGAGCGGGGCCGCCGCCGCCGCCGCCCCCAGCCGCGCUGUCCCGCAGGGCCAUGGAGCAGCCCCGCCGCAUCACAGACUCCUUCCAGCGGCGGCGGCGGCCGGGGCGACCCCCGGGCAGGGUCAAGGUCAAGGGCUGUCCCCGGGCCCGGCCCCCCGUCGCCCCGCCCGCCGAAGACCCCCCGGCGGCCCCCCCGGACCAGGCCCUGCUGGAGAUGCUGCGCCGCUUCGACCUCGCCUGGGAGUACGGACCCUGCACCGGUAUCACCCGCCUGCAGCGGUGGGAGCGGGCACAGGCGCUGGGGCUGAGCCCCCCGGGCCCCGUGCGCGACGCCCUCCUGGAGCACCAGGACAACCCCGAUGUCACCUACAGCCUCUGGCAUGAGUACGCGCUCUGAGCCGCUGCACCCCACGCCGGAGGGAGGAGUGGGGGGGGGGGGUACCAUGCCCACCACCCCCCAGGCCUGUCCACAGCUGUGCCGCAGCCCGGGGGCACCGGGUGGAUUAAAGGCUGGUGUGAGUGAA